AUGUAUACUGUUGAAUGGCAAAAAAGAGGAUUGCCUCAUGUUCAUCUCUUGGUGUGGCUAAACAACAAAUUAAGGCCAAAUGCCAUCGAUUUAGUUCUUAGUGCUGUGGUGCCGAAUCAACGAGAAGAUACUUCCCUAUUUAAUAUCGUCAGUAGAAACAUGAUUCAUGCCCCAUGUGAUCCAUUUAACAUGAAUUCACCGUGUAUGCAAAACGGAAAAUGUUUAAAAGGUUUUCCGAAACUGUUAACUAUUGCGACACAAUCCGGGCAGGAUGGUUAUCCAAAAUAUCGUGUCGAUCACCGGAUGAUAGUGGGAUCUGAUCAGGCUGCAUUUUCAGUAGAAUCGCGUGAUGAAAUUAAAGCAUUCCAAAAUGGCAGAUAUAUUAGUUCAUCAGAAGCUGCAUGGUGGAUAUUUGGUUUUACGAUUCACGAACGGUCACCAGCGAUUUUUCAGCUCUCAGUACACCUUGAAAAUGGCCAACGCGUCUAUUUCACUGAUCAAAAUGCUCGCGAAAGACUUGAAAAUGUUAGAAACACCACUAUUAUGGCUUUUUUUGAACUUUGCUCCAGUGACGACUUCGCGAAAACAUUGCUUUAUAUUGAAGUUCCAUCUUACUAUACUUUUACUUAUAAUCGUUUCAAUAGAACAAAACAAGAUUUAAAAACUGUUGAUGACGUUAUACACCGUACAUUUCAAAGAGCUUGCAAAGCGCUUGGUUUGUUACAAGAUGAAAAUCAUUGGAAUUCUACUCUGGAAGAAGCUGCUUUAUUUCAAACCGUGUCGAAUCUAAGAGAACUUUUUGUUACUAUGAUAGAAUUUUGCCACAUUUCUAACAGUACUGUGGGAAAAUCACAAAGAUAA